UUUAGAAAUAAUUAUAUAUAUAUUUUUUAAAAAAAUACUAAAUAUUAGUACUUUUCUUUAAAUUUUUUAAUUUUGUUUGUUUAAAUUUUUGGUUAUGUUAUGUUGGUGGACUGGUAGUACCUGCAAUUCUCAGAAAAUGCCACACCGCUUAUUCUCUUUAAUCGAGGUUCUCUUAUUGAUCUCCUUCCAUGGACUCAAAGUAGAUCAAUAUCAGAGCGAAAGAGAGGAACCUUCACACCCAGUUCACCCCAAACACGGUCUUAUAAUCUCUAUCUAAGGAGGCUGAGAGGCCAUACUGUGUGUUGUGUACUACUGUUUUUGGGUUUAUUUAAAAGUAAAAGAAAAGAAAACUAAUAAUGCUUCUUUCUCUUUCAAAAAGGAAAAAACAUUAUGGAGUGAGUUUUUGAGGUUAUCAUGACCUUCUUCUCUUGCCUUUCUCAUCUCCUAAAAGCCUUUUCCUUGUGAUUCACUCAUACCCAGUUGUUCAAAAUCAGUUGAUGAUCAGUUGAAGAAUGAUAUACUACUUUCUCACCAAUUUCAUUUGAUAUUCUAGUGUUUUUGGCCAUUGAAUUAACUGCAAACUUAUUGACCCAGAAAGCAGCAUUGCUAUUUGCUACCAUGCUGAAACAAAUUCUGAGCAAACUCCCACGGAAGGUACCGAAAUCAGACACUCUAGAUGCUGCAGGGAGUGAUUCAGGCAGCAAUAGCAAGUUGGGCAAUGGAUUCCCGUGUACAAUAGGUGGGAGUUCUCUUUCCAGCAAGUUAAGUGUUGUUAAACGAGUCUCUUCUGCGGUAUUCCCAACAAGUAUUGCAGCUGGAGCAGAGGCAGUAGAACCUCAUUUAUCCUUUAAAGAUGUCUCAAAUCAACAGAAGCAGAAUUUAUUUAUCAGUAAGCUGAACCUCUGUUGCGAGAUCAUUGAUUACAGUGACACAGCCAAGCAAGAUGUUAAACGGGAAACUUUGUUAGAGCUUGUUGAUUUUGUUAAUUCUGGUUCAGCAAAGUUCACGGAACCUACAAUUUCAGCAAUGUGUAAAAUGUGUGCAGCAAACCUCUUUAGAGUAUUCCCACCUAAGUAUCGUUCUAUCAUUGGUGGUGGUGAGACAGAAGAUGAAGAACCAAUGUUUGAUCCUGCUUGGUCUCAUCUACAACUUGUGUAUGAUCUGCUUCUUAGGUUUUCCAGCAGUAACUCACUUGACACAAAGUUGGCAAAGAAAUAUAUUGAUCAUUCUUUUAUUUCAAGAUUACUUGACCUAUUUGAUUCUGAGGAUCCAAGAGAAAGAGAUUGUUUGAAAACAAUUCUUCACAGGAUCUAUGGAAAAUUUAUGGUACAUAGGCCUUAUAUCCGUAAAGUUGUCAGCAAUAUCAUCUACCGGUUUGUCUUUGAAACUGAACGGCAUAACGGUAUUGCUGAGCUGUUGGAGAUUUUUGGCAGUGUAAUUAGUGGAUUUGCCACUCCAUUAAAGGAGGAGCACAAAAUCUUUUUGUGGAGGGCUCUUAUUCCUUUACACAAACCAAAAUCAGUGGGUAUUUAUCACCAACAGCUAACAUAUUGUGUUUUACAGUUCAUAGACAAGGAUCAAAAGUUGGCCGGUAGUGUGAUCAAAGGCCUAUUGAAAUACUGGCCGAUAACAAAUAGCCAGAAGGAGUUGAUGUUCUUAGGUGAGAUGGAAGAGAUUUUGGAGUUGAUCAAUAUGGUUGAGUUCCAAAAGAUUAUGAUCCCACUAUUUCGACGAAUAGCUUACUGCCUCAACAGCAAACAUUAUCAGGUGGCCGAACGAGCCCAUUUGUUGUGGAACAAUGAGAGCGUUCUUAAUCUCACCACUCAAAACCGGCAAGCAAUUCUACCACUUGUCGUCCCGGCUCUAGAGCAGAAUACUCAAAAUCACUGGAAUCAAGCAGUGCUGAACUUGACAUUGAAUGUGAAGAAGAUAUUCCGUGAGAUCGAUGAGGAGCUUGUCCUUGCUUGUCAAUGUAAGUUGGAAGAGGAAGCUUCAAGAUUAAAAGCUGCAGCUGAGAAGCGAAGAUUAACUUGGGAAUUGCUUGAAACAGCCGCUGGUCUCCCAUCCCCAGCUACUACUACCACUGGUGCUGGUAACUUUCUAGUUCCCGUAAAGCCUGCUACAUGCUCUGUUGCCUGCUAAUUCAUGUGGAAUAACAGUAUUUGGUAAAGAAAGUCAAUCAUAGUAUGAGAUGUUGGUUGUUGGAAGAUAUGAGUUUGGGAUGAAAAAUUGGGUGUGUAUUAGUGCCUGGAUGUUGUGAUAAAUUGUAUUAGUGAUCCCUCCCUUGCCCUUGAAAUCACAAGAGGCCCUUUUGCUUGCAAUAUUAUGUCAAUGAACGUCUGAUGUAUAUUUUCCACAAGUGCUGUUUGUCUUUAGCUUAAUAUCUACCUUCCAUAAGUUGCAUUUA